AUGCAGAAAACCCGCACCAUCAACUCCGUCCUUGGGGCGCGACCCUUCUCCGCCCCGCGGGUGCAGCUUCAGUUCCAGCGCAACCUCCAGGAUGUGGCCAUCACCCGCACCGGAAAGCCUCUUGUGAAGGUCCAGGGUGGCCGUUCCUCGAUCGGAGGUCACACCGCGACGGUCUUCGGUGCUACUGGUUUCCUCGGACGCUACAUCGUCAACAAGCUCGCUCGCCAGGGAUGCACCGUGGUCGUUCCCUACCGUGAGGAAAUGGCCAAGCGUCACUUGAAGGUCACUGGUGAUCUCGGACGUGUUGUCUUCAUGGAAUACGACCUGCGCAACACCCAGUCCAUUGAGGAGAGCGUGCGUCACUCCGAUGUUGUCUACAACCUUGUCGGCCGUCAAUACCCCACCAAGAACUUCACCUACGAGGAUGUCCACGUCGAUGGUGUCGAGCGCAUCGCCGACGCUGUUGCCAAGUACGACGUUGACCGUUUCAUUCACGUUUCUUCCUACAACGCCCGCCGUGACUCGCCCUCCGAGUACUUCGCCACCAAGGCGUGGGGUGAGGAGAUCGUCCGCAACAUCUACCCCGAGACCACAAUCGUGCGCCCUGCGCCCAUGUUCGGUUUCGAGGACAACCUUCUGCACAAGCUGGCUAAGGUUGGCAACGUCUUCACCGCGAACCACAUGCAGGAGCGCUACUGGCCGGUUCACGCCAUUGAUGUCGGUACCGCCCUCGAGCGCAUGCUGCACGACGACAGCACUGCCGGUCAGACUUUCGAGCUUUACGGCCCCAAGAACUACUCCACUGCCGAGAUUGCCGAGCUGGUUGACAGCGAAAUCAUUAAGAAGCGCCGCCACAUCAACGUCCCCAAGGCGCUCCUCAAGCCCUUCGCCCACUACAUCAACAAGUACCUGUGGUGGCACACCAUGUCUGCUGACGAGGUCGAGCGCGAGUUCAUCGACCAAGUCAUCGACCCCGAGGCCAAGACCUUCAAGGACCUGGGCAUGGAGGAGACCGCCGACCUGGCCAACCUGACUUUCCACUACCUGCAGGGCUACCGUAGCGCCUCCUACUACGACUUGCCUCCUUCCACGGAGCGCGAGCGCCAGGAGGACAAGCGAUACCUGCACGUCCUGGACGACCAGUAG